AUGCGUACAUUGCCAGUUUAUGCAAUGGCAGUAAACGCAAAACUUUUAAACUCAACUCAAUGUGGCAAGGAACUUACCGAAUUUCAACAAGCCAUUGAUCAGCAAAUAUUAUGGAGCUUAAGAGUACUCGAUGCGUGCGGAGAACCUAAAUCAGGAUUUAUUUAUGGAAAUAAUUAUUGGUUGGGCAGUAAAAGUCAAUGCGAAAAUAUUAGAAACGGAGAUUCCGUAAUAAUAUCAGCAGAGAUAUUAAGAAACAAUUCGAGAUAUCGCCAUAUCGAGGAUGAAUUUCCACCAUUCGAAGUGAAAUUCUUUGUUGCUCAUAUUCGACAUAAUAGCACUUUACAAUAUCACAUUGUAAUACCCGACGAAGAUUUGAUAAUAUUAGGCAUGUGCUUACCAGCAUCCUGUUCUAAGGACCAACUUUCUACUCUUCUAGAAAACUUGUUAAGAAAUAGAAUUCUUUUUCAAGGCGAACUUUAUUCAGCCGACUAUACGUUGGUUGAAGUAAAAGAUUUAAUUGAUGACCAUCGAUGGAUGUUGAGUGGAACAUUCAUUACAAUGACAGUAAUAGUCGCACUCACAUUACUAUUAAUGAUAAUAGGAACGGCUUAUGAUCUUCUGAUAUACCAAAAACGUUUAAAGAAAGAUGACAAGUAUCUUCAAGACCAUGAAAAUGAUAAUUCUCAAGCAAUAGUAUCAUUCCAUACAAAAUUUAUUGUAUGUACCCUAUCGUCUCAUGGUGUUCGACUCCUAUAUGUUCCAGUAUUUCAUACGAAACCUUUGCAUGAGUCAGAUACGAGUAAAGGUUACUAG